AUGGUGGAACAAGGGUCCUGUAUAGUGUGCUUAUCUCCAGCAAUCCAGAAAUGUUCUGGCUGCCAGAAUGUGCACUAUUGCUCCAAAGACCACCAGAAAAAGGACUGGAAGCAGCACAAGUUCCAGUGCACCCCAGCCAGGUUGAAGGAGAGUGAGAAGUAUGGAAGGUACUUGGAAGCCACCAGGGAUAUCAAGGCUGGAGAUAUCGUCCUGAAGGAGAAGCUUCUUAUCACUGGACCAGCUCAGGUAACUCCGCCAGUUUGUCUUGGUUGCUACAAGCUGCUGGAAGAAGGCAAGACGUUAUCGUGUGAGAAGUGUGGCUGGCCCUUCUGUUCCGCGGACUGCAUCGUGAAGGAGGAUCAUGACCCUGAGUGCCAUUAUACUCAACAGAGGGGAGAGAAGGUGAACAUUUCCACAUUCGGUGUACCACAUCCGAAUUACCAGUGCAUCACUGUUCUCCGUUGCCUGUACCAGCGCGAUCACAACCAAAAGCUGUGGGAGAAGAUCCAGGCGUUACAGUCUCACUGCGAGGACAGGAGGGACACCGACAAGUGGAACAAUGACAAGAAAAUGGUUGCUGACUUCAUCUGGAAGUUCUUUAAGUUAGAGGGCACCUUCAGUGAGGAGGAGAUCAUGAAGUGCUGUGGAAUACUGCAGAUCAACGGUCAUGAGGUACCUCUCCUGGAGCCGGAGUAUGUGGCGCUAUUCGACCGGAUCUCCAUGGUGGAGCACAACUGCCGCGCCAACUGCAACAAGAGCUUCACGUCACAGGGUGAUAUUAUCCUCUGCGCUGGUGUUAACAUUUCCUCAGGCUCCCACAUCACCGUGUGCUAUACAGACCCCAUGUGGGGCACGGAAGCGCGGCGCCACCACCUCGCUGACUCCAAGUUCUUCGAGUGCACCUGCGAGCGCUGCUCUGACGUCACCGAGCUAGGGACCAUGUACAGUGCUGUCAAGUGUAAGAAGAAGGACUGCAGGGGCUACCUUCUACCAGACACCUUCAUCCUCCCCAUCCUACACAAGACGAAGAACCCCAACCCUGAGACCCGCAACUUGGACAACAAGUUCUGGAAGUGUAACUCCUGCCAGGAUGCAGUGUCUGAUGCCAUCAUACAGCAGUUGGUGCAGGAUAUCGGCAGAGAGCUCAGCAUCAUGCCUAAGGGAGACCCUGAGGCUUGUGAAAGGUUUAUAGGUCACUGCAGCAGCUACUUGCACCCCUCCCACUUCUACAUGACGGACGUGAGCCUGGCACUGGCACAAAUGAUAGGCCAGGAGGUGGAGCAGGGGCUGGCGAUGGUGACAGACGACCGGCUGCUCCUCAAAACACAACUCUGCAAAAAGAUCGCUGAGCUACUCGAGACUUUGGCUCCUGCUGAAACUCGUCUCCGUGGCACGUUGCUGUUCGAGCUGCACGCUGCAGUAGCGGAGUCAGGUCGCAGGCAUGCGCUCACUGAUGGACCCAUGACCUUACUGGGUUAUGUUUCGGAAUCUCGUAAGAUCCUGUCAGAAUCAGCCCAGCUGCUGCGUCAUGAGCCUCCUGAGUUACCAGAAGGUCGUCUGAACCGGCAGGCGAGGAUCAACCUUAUUCAAAUGGACGAACUGAUCAGGAACCUGUCUGCCGCGUUACCUUCACCUUUGUAA